AUGGAUAUGACUGUCACAACCUGGGAGACUGAACUCACAACAACCAAUGAAAGUGAUGAAUAUUAUACAGAGAACAUAAUCCUGGAAUUGCUGAACGUCUUUGUGGUCCUGGUGGGGCUGGCAGGGAACGUGGUAGUGCUCUGGCUCCUGGGAUUCCGCAUGCGCAGGAACGCCUUCUCCGUCUAUAUCCUAAACCUGGCGGGGGCUGACUUCCUCUUCCUCUGCUACCAAUUUAUGCAUAGUAUAGUUUUACUUUUUCACUUUCAUUUUGUCGUUAAAGUAAUUGGGACAUAUGUCUCGCCUGUGUCAAACUUUGCCUACAUCUCAGGCCUGAGCUUUCUCAGCGCCAUCAGCAUAGAGCGCUGCAUGUCUGUCCUGUGGCCCAUCUGGUACCGCUGCCACCGCCCCAGACACAUGUCCACCGUCAUGUGUGCCCUACUCUGGGCCCUGUCCCUGCUGCUGAGCAUCCUGGAAGGGAACUACUGUGGCUUCCUGGUGAGGAACAUGCAUCAUGUUUGGUGCCCAGUGUUGGAUUUCAUCACUGUGUCAUGGCUGGUUUUGUUAUUUGUGCUUCUCUCUGGGUCCAGCCUGGCCCUGAUGACCAGACUGCUGUGUGGCUCCCAUCGGUUGCCGCCCACCAGACUCUACAUGACCGUCAUGCUCACAAUGCUGGUCUUCCUCCUCUGUGGCCUACCCUUCGGCAUCCACUGGUUCCUCUUAUACUGGUUUGAUGCCUUCCCUCAUCUUUCCCAGUUUGUAGUUCUCCUGUCCUCUGUCAACAGCUGUGCCAAUCCCAUCAUUUACUUCUUCGUUGGCUCCUUCAGGCAGCGAUGGUGGAAGUGGAGACACACCCUGAGGCUGGUUCUCCAGAGGGCUCUGCAGGACACUCCUGAGGCGGAUGAACCUGGGGAAACCCUGGCCAUGUCGGGAAGCAGUCUGGGGCAGGGAUGAGAGCCUCUGUCCUGAUCAGUCUGGAG